AUGUCAACGGAAAGCCUAGUUCGCCCGGGCCUAACGACGCCCUUUACCGGGAAUCUCGCGCAAAUUAAAAUCCGCUUGCGGAAGAAAGUUCCUAAACUCACGUCCGACGAUGUCCGGAGGGCACGCAUUCCGUACUACGAAGCCAUCACUAGCGAGCUGUACGAGGCGGGUUUCGUGAAUGCGGCUUUCCUGGUGUUACAUCUGAUCGAAUACGAGGACCUGUACAUCGGGCGGACCUCAUUCCCGGGCACUGAGAGUAGACGACUCCGCUACAACGCCCCACUGUUGAGCUACCUGCGUGAGGCCCUCGCUAAUGCUGAAGACAACAAGCAAAGGCAGUCGUAUGAUGAAGAGAUAUAUGAGCUGUUGUCGAUCGCCCGGAAGCUGGAACUGGAUCGCGAAAAACGCUGGCUAGCGCGGCAAUUCCAUCUAAUCGCUUUGGAUCGGUGUGCGGAUUGCAACCCAACCGAGCGGCUGAAAAUUGAGAGCUUUGUGAGGUAUUACUACGCGAAGUUCCUCAUACAGCAACGCAACCAUCUAGAAGCGAUGAAACAGCUGGAACGAGUCGAUGCCGAUCUGAAACGGGCGGUGAAUGUUGGAGCAGAAGAUUGGAUAACAUUGGAUGAGGAUGACGAAAGGCUAAUUGUAGCCGUGAGUGGUCAGCUUUUUCUGACCAACCGGCAGCUAGCGGAGGACUGUAAGGACUCACCCUCGUGGAUAGCGCUGCAGUACAUCCGGGACGCUCACAAUGCAGCCCUGAAGACCCAAAAAUUCUCCAUCAUGGCAGAGUCCUACGCAGCGUACGGGGAUGUUCUCUUCGCUGAUGCAUGCUACGAGGAAGCCGUUGUGAUGUACAAAAACGCCAUAGAGCAGGCAUCCUUGGCGGGUGAAAUGCAGGAUCUCAUCUGUUCGGCGGCUAUCGCACAGGCCUCGUGCUACCAUCGGCUUACCCGACCGGUAGAUUGUGAGGCGAUGUUCCAGCGCAUCGAGCACAUGACACGUGAUCGCGAGCAUUCUUUAUGCCGAGCUGGGUACUAUUAUACCUCUGCGAGUCUGCAGCUUGAGAACGCUCCCGCCGAUCCAGCCCACAUGGACCAGCUGGUGGAGCAGUUGCGUUUGGCCGCAAACAUUUUCCGAUCUUUCGCACAAGAAGAAAAGUCGAUUGCGGCCCGGUGUCUCGGGGCUCUCGUGCGGGCAGAAGACGACUUUGGGGAGUACGUCACCCAGCUGCAGGCGGCCAUUAGCACCUCUGACGACGAGCUUUACAGAGUGAUAGAUUGGGUCGGUCUCUAA